CCCACCCAAACCCGGCUUUACCUCCUCACCCCCCCCCUCCCUCCACAAUGAAAGAGUCUCUCUACGAUCGUAUCUGGCGUCGAGAAUCUGGAGGAUUUUCUCACUUGGCUGGCAUUCGUGGCCUUUAUGGCUCUCCUGAAUGGGUUCAGGACCUUGAUAUUGUAAACGAGCUCGGCGGUCACUCGGGUUGUGUCAAUGCUUUGAGCUGGUCGCGGUCUGGCCGCCUGCUGGCUUCGGGUUCGGAUGAUCAGCACUUGAACAUCUACGCCUAUCAAUCCGACUCUUCAGCAGCACCCUUUGCCCUCAGCACCACCAUCGACACUGGUCAUACUGCCAAUAUCUUUUCCGUCAAAUUUAUGCCACAUUCCAAUGAUCGAACCCUAGUCUCGUGCGCCGGGGACUCCCAGGUCCGAGUCUUCGACAUUGAGUAUUCCAGUAGCAAUGGGCACCUGGGUGGAAAUUCGACCUUUGCUUCAUCGGCAAGAAGUCGACGCUUUCAGAACUUCUUCAACACCUCUCACUAUCUGAGCCCGAUAACCACCAACGCAAAAGUUUAUCGUAGCCAUGCCGACCGGGUCAAGCGCAUAGUUACUGAGUCGUCUCCGCAUCUCUUUCUGACCUGUUCGGAGGACGGAGAAGUACGCCAAUGGGAUCUGCGACAGCCCUCCUCGGCCUAUCCCAAACCUCUGGGAGGCCAGGGCUACAUGUCUUUCCGAUCGGGACAGGAUCACGAUGAUUCCAAUGUGCCCCCGCCGCUGAUCUCGUACAAGAAAUACCGCCUGGAUCUCAACACCAUCUCAUGCUCUCCUAGUCAACCACAUUACAUCGCGCUGGGCGGUGCACAUCUACAUUGCUUCCUGCACGAUCGGCGCAUGUUAGGUCGGGACCUCAUCGCCGAGAGGGGCGCCUCAAGUGCGUCUCCUGGGAGUAGUAGCCAAGGAGCAGACGUUUUGGAUGACGCGACCAAGUGCGUUCGCCGGUUCGCGCCUGAUGGGCAGGAUCGCAUGAAGACUCGGGAUGACGGCCAUAUCACAGCCUGCAAGAUCAGCGAUGCGAAUCCGAAUGAGAUGGUGGUCAGCUGGUCGGGCGACCACAUCUAUAGCUUUGAUCUCAUCCGCAGCGCAGAUGCGAGAGAAGUGAGAUCGCAGCAGUCAUCAGUGCGGGCAACACCUGCGCCGCGGAAACGUCGAUACAGCACAAACCGCAAGCGAAAGCGACACAAUGGCACGUCAUUGUUAUCCGACUCGAGCGGUAACCAGCCUCCCUCGCGACGUCGACCCAGAGACCCUCAGGACGAAGGCGAGUUGGCAUUUCGUGUGCGUUACGGCAAUGGAGAGUCAGAGGACAUUCCUAUCCAAUCUCUGACGCAGCGUCGGGCUGAGGUUCCGGAGAGCUUACUAGAGCAAUCGAGGCUGGCAGUGCUCAGUGACGCUCAAAGGCUCAGCAUGCGUAUUGCCAAAGAACUAGUCAAGCUUCGCAAGGCUCUUUUCUCGCUCGAUACGUCAGCGCGCGAAGAGCUCGAAUUAGCUAGUGCAACGGAUCUGACGCCUUUUGGCGAGUCCUUUUCCACAGCAUUGGGCCACGCGGCCAUCUGUCUGCCGCAGAUGAGUGAGGUCAUGCGCACAUGGGGCUAUCCGCUCAAUCCUUCUUCAGAUAUGGUGCGCUUUCAGCAAACUCUGCGUCGUAACCGAGAGUCCGCCUGGAGCUUUGUUCAGGCUGCAGGAACGAUAGCUCGAGCUCUAGGAGGCGAGCUUCAAAAUCCGCCUGGGGACGUUGACAACGAGAUGGAGCAGUUUCAACAAAUAUCGCCGCUGAAAGUUGAAUACGCGCCCGAUCGCAGAGAGCAAUUUGGUUAUGACUUUAUCAAGGCCAUCAUACUAUAUGUAGAAGGGGGUCGAGAAGCUCUGCUGUCGGGCUUCAAGCGUGGUCCCAUUCGUCGGGACACGCUCAGCAGAUUUCCUAUCCCUGAAGCCGCGGAUGACCGUGCGAUUGAGUCAACCCUCAUUCCUUAUCUUCAGCGGCUAGCGGGAGAGGCCCCGGUGGUGAACGUUGAUGCAUCUAGGUUCGAACACGACGAGGCUCGUAUUCUUUUCUCAACUCAACGCGAAGCGGUAGCCGCCUUCGCCACUGCGAUCAGGACGUCAGCUCAAACUCCGGUUGACGGCGGAGCAUCGAACGGGGCCACGCACGGCGGGGCAGUUGACAGGGCAAACUCUAACGAGACACCUCCUCAUGCCCUCGAUUUGUUUCAGCUUACACAGUUCUGGGUGCUGAAGGUGGCUCGCGGCAUACUCGUGGAGAGCGGGACCGGCGUCAACUAUGCUUUUGUCAACAGAGCCUUUGGAGGCUUCCGGGCCACGGUGGCGCCUGGCUCUGAAUCAGAUAUGGAUCCGGAGAGGUCACAGAACGACCUGGAAACAAAUAUGGAAGAGGAACCUAUCCGCGACGUACGGUUGAAAGUACUCCGGGGCCAGCAACUCAGCAGAGAAGCAUCCGAUGACUGUCCCAGCGAAGCAACCGAGUCAGUCUCGUCUUUAACUGGCAUCCCAAGCUUCCCAGGGUGGCUGGACAUGGGUAGUGAAACCGAGAAUGACUCGGAGGAGAAUGAAGAGGAGGAGAAUGAAGAGGACGGACUUGACGAUGCUGAGGACGAUGAUGAAAACGAAAUUGAAGACGACGACAAUGAUGAUGAGGAAGAAGGGGAGGAGGAUGAGUUUGAUCUGGACUCUGACAGUCCAGCGGACGACAGCGAUGACGACUCCGAGGCUGAAAGUCGCAUGUUCAGGGAGUACGGGCUGCACCCCAGACAAAGAGAGUAUGUGCAUUUGGAUGUUCCUUGUUCCUCACAUACGCGCGUGUAUCGCGGCCACUGCAAUGUCAAGACAGUCAAGGAUGUCAAUUUCUAUGGGUUGGACGAUGAGUUUGUCGUCAGUGGAAGUGACUCGGGCCAUAUUUUCAUUUGGGAUCGGAAAACAUGCAAGCUAGUCAACAUCCUAGAAGGCGACAGUGAGGUCGUCAAUGUGGUCCAGGGACAUCCCUAUGAGCCUACUAUAGCCGCUUCUGGGAUUGACAACACCAUCAAGAUUUUCUCACCCGACCGCCGUGCACAGGAUGACGCUCGCCGUGGAAUCAACAUUCUUGAUCCCGAUAACCCCGCCAAUACGCUUGGGCCUAAUGUGAGAGGGAUUGGGGGGUUGGCUACUCGAAAACGCUUACAUGACAGUUAUCGAAUCAUGAAUCAGAAUGAUGUCGAUCGCCAAGGCGGGAUGAGCGAGGCGUCAAUUACCAGACACAUGCUAGCCCGUCUUGCUACCACCUUGCGGGACCAGCAGUACAAUGUGGAGGCUGGUGGGGAAGGGGAACAUGCCACUCUGGUUUUGGAUGAGAACAGCUGUCAUGUGAUGUGAAUCGGUGGGUCUUGCCUAACUCUAUGUCACGGCCUACACGGUGGCCUCGAACCGGUCAAUCCCAGUUGGCUGGCGACACUUCCCUCUUUGUCCUCGUUCUAUCCCUGGUCUUUUCUUCAAGUCUGAUC